AUGUCCGCGACGGUAGAAUGUGUCGAAGAAAGGAAGGAAGAGUCUGCUGAGCCUGAGCAAGAGGAAGAUGUCAUAGAAGUUGACAGAGACACAUUGAGCUUGGAUCUCACCCGUACACGCCUCAAAAAAAUUGAAGGUUUCGAAUUCCUCACAAAGAUCAAAACGCUAUGUCUCAGAUGGAACUUGCUGAAAACUAUCGAAGGACUGCAUACUCUCACAACAUUGACUGAAUUGGAUCUCUACGAUAAUCAGAUAGAGAAAAUAGAAAAUCUUUCCACACUAGUGAAUCUUGAAACACUUGACCUCUCAUUCAAUCGACUCAGCAAAAUUGAAAACCUGGAGAACCUCGUCAAUCUGAAAACGCUGUACCUGGUACACAACAAAAUCACCAAAAUCGAAGGUCUAGAGACGCUAGUCAACUUGGAAUAUCUGGAGCUGGGUGACAAUAGGAUCAAACGAAUUGAGAACCUCGAUGCCAAUGUCAACAUUGUUCGCUUGUUCCUUGGAGCAAAUCAGAUUCGAAAAAUUGAGAAUCUCGAGCACUUGAAGAAAAUCGAAGUGUUAAGCCUACCCGCUAACGCUAUCACAGUAGUAGAGGGCGUCUCCAUGUUGUCUACUCUUCGAGAGAUCUACCUCGCUCAAAAUGGAAUCCAGUCCACAUCUGGACUAGAGAAUCUGCAAAAUCUGGAAAUCCUCGAUUUUAACUACAAUCGUCUGCAUAAAGUUGAAGGCAUUCGACAUUUCAAAAAGCUCACUGACUUUUGGGCAAAGCAUAACAAGGCAAGUCUAGAAGACUGGCAGGUAUUUGAUGAAUUGGUUGAGCUACCUCAGUUGAAUCUCGUCUACCUGGAAAAUAACCCAUUUUCUGAGGCACAAGAUUACAGGUACUGUGGAAGUAGACACAAAUAUGCUCCUCAGAUGCUGGAUAGGGCAAAAGCGAUCAGACUGCUUCCGCAGAUCACACGACUCGAUUCGACUCAAUGUCGCGAUCCAGCCACGCUGAAGGCUCCCCUAGAAGACUGGCAGGUAUUUGAUGAAUUGGUUGAGCUACCUCAGUUGAAUCUCGUCUACCUGGAAAAUAACCCAUUUUCUGAGGCACAAGAUUACAGGUACUGUGGAAGUAGACACAAAUAUGCUCCUCAGAUGCUGGAUAGGGCAAAAGCGAUCAGACUGCUUCCGCAGAUCACACGACUCGAUUCGACUCAAUGUCGCGAUCCAGCCACGCUGAAGGCUCCCGUAUUUGUGUGA